AGUAUGUAAACCGUCCAUAUACAUCCGAGGUUGUUUUUGAAAAAAUGGCCGAGGAGCUCCGAAUGGGUUCAGUUAACAAAACAGAGGAUACAUCAACUACAGGGUGUUUUGAUUUAUUUUUAAGAACGCUCCUGACUAAAACGCUUUACAUACCUAUUUAUAGUGUGUUUAUUUAUAGUGACCACAAAAAUAAGUUCGCGUAUGUGAUAGGGAAAUUACCGUAUUUUUUUAUAACAGUUUUGAAACAAAACAGCAUCAUAAAUAACAAUUAAGCGUACACAUUGUUAGCAAGGAAAGAAGCAUGGGAGGUUCACUUUCGAAAAGGAUCAAAAUUGGGAAAAGGAGGAAAACGAAAAUUUUAAAUGAUAUUCAGGCAGACAUAGAGGCAGUGUAUGAAUCUAUAGAUGGGGACUACCAUACACUCGGCAGCAGUAUUUAUUCCCGUCCCUCAAUCACUUCGAAUGACUCAGCAUUCAGCGAGAGGUCUUCCAGAACAAGUUUACCAUCUUGUUCACACAAACGGAAUACUGACUAUAACCUUUAUAAAACAUACCCAAGACGUUGUUUGAAUCAUGCCGAUGCUUGCAUCGACGACAGUGGCAAAUCAUGUUAUGGUGACUGCCAACGGAAACAUUUUCGUCCCCAUCGACACAGUAUCGAUCAAGCACAAGGAAGUGGCGACGAUUAUUACACUUACGACGAAUGUCCAGUAACUCUGAAUCGAUCUGCCCUUACAGACAUCAGCGGAACAUCAUUUCAGAAAGAGUGUGUUGAUGUCAACAGUCAAGUUCCAUUCAUGGUCGAGAGUUUUCAACCAGUACUUGAACAAAUCAUCACAGUUACGGAACUGCUGCCAUUCAUCGAAUUUAUCCAAAACAGCGACUUUCCUCCAAAUGAAACGCAGAGUGAAUCGUUCAUUCGACUGAUCACAAUCAUCCAAGAGAGUGAAGAAAAAGGAAAAUGGCAAACAUUUAUUUCUGCAUUAGAGCGCGCCGAGUAUUCCUACAUCGCAAGGCUUUUAAAGGGACACGACGUUGAAGACCAUUACGAGAAUAGACGAUUGAUACAAAUAUUCAAGCCAAACAUCAUGACAAGGAUAGACACAAAUGAUGUUCUCGAUCACCUUUUAGUACGCAACGUUUUGAACGAUCGCGACCGGGAAGAAAUUCAAAGUGAAAAAGACAGACGAGGUGAAAUCGCCUCAGCUUUUAUGCUUUUGGAAAAGAUUCCAAGACGUAAUGAGAACUGGUUUAAACUGUUUUUGGACGUAUUGAAAGUUUGCCACAUGGAUGAUGUUGUAGAGAGUCUAACAGUACCUAAAUUUUGUUCUCCAGAGAAAAAAAGACAGAAUUUCACACUGAAACAGCCAGCACACAAAAGGAGAAGAAAUAAGUUUAAUUCAUCUGCUAACACAUACCUAACGCCCAUCUCUGAUGAUCCUCCACCUUUGCCGUAUAGAGAAAAUAACUAUGCAUUACGGGAUCUCAAAGAGGAAGACGAACCAACUUUACCGGAUAUAAUCUAUAAGGAUCCAGCUGAGAGAAGAACGACGCCCAUUCUAACGAUGGGCAGAAAUAACACGAAUAGUUCUAAAAACGCUAGUUCUUCAGAGAAAGAACAACUCGACGAAUUGGAACAACAAAAAGCUGAUUUGGAACGUAAACUUUACGAAAAACGAAAAAAAAUGGAACUAAAUGCUGCAAUUGCUUCCUUGCAGAAACAGCUAAUGGAACUUGAAAUUGAUUCUGGAAACCCAACACACAAUGAAGACGAAGGGCCCGAAAAGGAUGGUUCAGAUUUUCGAGUAUCAAAAGAAAGUAAAAGUAAUUGUUUCAAAGACCUGCACGGUGAUUCAAAGGUUAAAGUAGAACUUGAGACAAUUGUCGAAGAAGAAAAACAGAUUUAUGACUUUGAAAAUGAAGAUGAACAUGGUCAUAUCUUACCAGAGUUUGAAGAUAACUAUGAUGUGGCAGAAUAUGCCUACACAGGUGGUAAAAACCGUUUGAUUGAAAACAUAUCACAACUGUUAAAAUCCCUCAAGAAAAGUAUUGACGAAAGCAUGAACGUGAAAAUAGAAGACGUAAAGGCGCAUAUUGCAAAAGAAAUUAAGACCGUUCAUGAACAAGUUUUAGGUUUGAAUGAUAAGUAUGGACAGUCUGAAACACUCAUUGAUACUUACCUUCCUGUGCAACUAUACUCUGUGACACCAACAGCGCAUCUAUUAGGUGGGUCAAAGAAAGGUACAAGAAGGCUUUACUCAAUAGAUUCUGCCAUUUACAGUGACAAUGGCAUAUACGAUCCCAUAGAUAAGUAUGUAUGAGGUGAAUCACGUUGUUAUUCGCGAAAGUAAUGAAUGUAAAAUGAUAAAAGUCGAUCACGAAACAACAUAUUCGUAUUUCGAUAGUUAUGUUAAACACAAAUGGCUGUUUAAUGGAUGUAUAUUAUUUUACUUCUCAUUUAAAUGUACAGAAAGCGAUAUUAAGCUGAAAUUCGAUUUUAAUGUUAACUGUUAUCAUGCAGCAGAUAAGUUUGACUGCAAACGGAUGAAGAUCGUUUGAGAUAAUUCAAAAUCUAAGCAAAACGGUUGAAAUGGCAAUGAUUUCAUUCAUUAUUGGCGGUAUUUUUUUUGUUUUAUUUAAAAUGAAUAAAAGUUCGUUUAUUUGCUUAAACACAUAGCAAAUGUGUUCACUGUAUAUUAUCAACACAAUAAAAUGGAAACGUA